AUGGCGGCGGGCAGCACGUCUUCCUCCCUCACAUCGACAUCGCACAGCUCCCACACCCUCUCCUUCGCGCCCGGCAUGGUCGCCCACAUGCCCCCAAUGACCGGCGCCAGCGCCGCCGACGUGCGCGCCCUGCUCGACAACAUGGGCCCCGCGAACCGCCACGCCUUCCUGCAGCCGCCGCCCGCGAUCCCGUCGGCCUCGCUGCAGGUCGUCAAGGACACGCUGGACGCCUUCGCUGGGCAGAUCAGCGACGAGCAGCUGCGGCUGCUGAAGGAGGCCACGAAGAAGCGCAAGAGGGCCGACGCCGACCGGGCGGACGUGCUCAAGAUCCGCAAGGUGCACGUCGACGGGUUCGAGACGGGCCAGGUCUGGCAGCAGGCGCGGCGGAUCAUCAAGAGCGCUCUGAAGCACUCGCAGGAGACGUUGCAGGAGCUCGAGGACCGGAACGAGGUUGUGGCGAACGGCGUUGGACAGGACAGCAUUGCGGAGUCUGACGAGGAAGGCUCUGAGCUCGACGACGACGAGGAGGGCUCUGAUAUUGAAGAGGAGCUUUCGGGAUCCGAUCUGGAGGGACUCGAAGACGAAGACGAAGACUUGGAGGAAGGGUCCGACAUCGAGGGCCUGACCGGAGACUUGGAAGACAUGGACGAGGAGGAAGGCGAGGACGACGAGGACGACGAAGAGGAGGAUGAUGAAGAGGAGUACGUCGAGGACCCGAACGGACUCAACGACGGCUUCUUCUCCAUCGACGACUUCAACAAGCAGACACAAUGGUUCGAGGAGCAAGACGCAAAGGGAGACCCCAACACGGACGCCGCCAGCGACGAUGAAGAAAUCGACUGGGAUGCCGACCCGAUGGCCGCUUCUUCCAGCAAGUCAAAAUCUACAAAACACGCCGACGAGAUGGACGAGGAUGCUGAAGACGCUGAAGAUGUCGAGGAGUCUGACGAGGAGGACGGCCCUACAUUCGGUGACAUGGACCUCAACGCCCCCGAAGGCGCCAGCGACGACGAAGACAUGGACGAGGACAUGGCUGAUGAGGGAGAAGAGUUCAACGCCAACGGCAUCUACUACAAGGACUUCUUCGCGCCACCGGCGAAGAAGUGGAACAAGGACAAACCGAAGAAGAAGAAGUCGGUCCGCUUCGCCCCCAAGAAGGUCAGCGAGGAGGACGUUGAGCGCGCCAUGGAAGACGUCAAGAGAGACCUCUUCGACGACGACUCGGACCACGGCGACGACUCUGACGACGCUCUCUCCGACGUCUCCGCUGGAGACCCGCGGUCCCGCAGGUCAGCCCACGAGCGCCGCCAGGCCAAGCUCGCCGAGGAGAUCCGCAAGCUCGAGGCCGAGUCCGUCGCCAAGCGCUCGUGGACGCUGUCCGGAGAGGCCUCGGCCGUGGAGCGCCCGACCAACUCCCUGCUGGAGGAGGACCUCGCCUUCGAGCACGUCGGCAAGCCCGUGCCCGUCAUCACGGCCGAGGUCAGCGAGGGCAUCGAGGACCUCAUCAAGCGCCGCAUCCUCGCGCAGGACUUUGACGAGGUGAUCCGCCGCCGCCCCGGCGCGGAGCUGCCCGAGAACACGCGCCGCGGGCUCAUCGAGCUCGACGACUCCAAGGGCAAGGGCCUCGCGGAGGUGUACGAGGAGGAGCACCUCAAGAACGCGGACCCGGAGGGGUACGUGUCCAAGUCGGACGAGAAGCUGCAGCGCGAGGAGAAGGAGAUCGAGGGCAUGUGGAAGGAGCUCAGCGCGCGGCUCGACGCGCUGAGCAGCUGGCACUACAAGCCGAAGCCGGCGGCGCCGACGCUCACGGUGGUGUCGGACGCGGCGACGAUCAGCAUGGAGGACGCGCAGCCGACGACGGCGCAGGGCGUCAGCGGCGGGCAGAGCGCGCUCGCGCCGCAGGAGGUGUACAAGGCCGGCAAGGAGACGGCGGAGCGGGGCGAGGUGGUGGGCAAGGACGGGCUGCCGGUGGCGCGGCAGGAGAUGUCGCGCGAGGACAAGCUCAGGCGGCGCAGGCGGGAGAAGGAGAGGAUCCACAAGGCGGGCGGCCUGGACGCGGCCAAGAAGCCGCUCGGCAAGAAGGCGCAGAUGCAGAAGGACACGCUCGCGGACCUGAAGAAGGGCGGCGUCAAGGUCAUCAACCGCAAGGGCGAGGUCGUGGACGUGGACGGGAACAAGGCCAAGGCACAGGCGCAGGCGACGAGCAGCAGCUUCAAGCUGUAG